AUGCAAAAAGACAAAGGAAAGGGGAGAGGAGUCGCCGCCGCCCGCCGCGCUCGGGGCGCGCGCGUCUCAGGGCCCAGACAACAGGAUGGAAUGCUGUAUGAAUUUCGAACCUGUUAUCUUAAACCCUCAAAAAUGAAUGAGUUCCUGGAAAAUUUUAAGAAAAAUGUUCAUCUUCGGACAGCUCACUCUGAAUUGAUUGGAUACUGGAGUGUAGAACUUGGAGGCAGAAUGAACAAAGUAUUUCAUAUUUGGAAAUAUGAUAAUUUUGCUCAUCGAACUGCAGUCCAGAAAGCAUUGGCCAAAGAUAAAGAAUGGCAAGAACAGUUCCUUAUUCCAAAUUUGGUUCACAUUGAUAAACAAGAAAGUGAGAGUACUUAUCUGGUCCCAUGGUGCAAGAUAGAACAGCCUGCAAAAGAAGGAGUCUAUGAACUGGCUACGUUUCAGAUGAAACCUGGUGGUCCAGCUCUGUGGGGCGAUGCAUUUAAAAGGGCAGUUCAUGCCCAUGUCAAUCGAGGCUACACAAAACUAGUUGGUGUUUUCCACACCGAAUAUGGAGCACUCAACAGAGUUCAUGUCCUUUGGUGGCAUGAGAGUGCUGACAGUCGUGCAGCUGGGAGACAUGAAUCUCAUGAGGAUCCCAGGGUUAUGGCAGCUGUUCGAGAAAGUGUCAACUGCCUGGAGUCUCAGCAGAAUAUUCUUCUGAUUCCUACGUCAUUUUCACCGUUGAAGUAGUUUGGUACUAAAAAUACCAAGUGUCUCAUUAAUUGGUGUUACAGUGUGUGUCUUCCAGUGGUGCUUAAAUUCUGCCAAGAAAAUUACUCUUUUUUUCUUUGAAGAAGGUAGUAAGUUAAUUCACCAUGUUGUUCACAUUUUUUUAAAGCUAUGUGUAUCGUUUGUUACCCCUAUUUCAGGAAAUAAUGAGUUUAUUUGCUGCUUGAUAUUUCAGUAUCUGCCAUACGAUGAAAAUACCUAUCAAUUGGAAAAUGAAUUUAUGAGAUCCUAAUAUGAAAACUCUGGAGAAAUGUCUUUAUUUAUAAUGAUUACUUCAUUUUGCAUCUUAUUUUAUAAAAUAAUUGUCACUUUAUUAAGGUCUUGAUUUUUCAUUUGUUUCAGUCUAUUCUGUAUUUUAAUAAACACUCAGAUAAUGAGGUCGCAUUUUCAUGCUUGUGACCAUAUGUUUACUUAAUUUGGUUUUUUUGGAGGAACCGGGGAUUGAACUCAGCCCC